AUGCCGACUGAGGGGGAGAACGUCCAGUACCUGUACCUCGUCCUGACCAAUGGCGGGCCUCCGCAAAUCGACAUGGUGGCCGUCAGCAAGGCUCUCGACCUCUCACCAGGUGCGACGAGCAAACGCUGGUCCCGGCUGAAGCAGGCCAUGGAGCAGGGCAAGUAUCCCAGUGCGGGCUCGUACGGCUUCCUCUGGUUGUGCGUCAAGCAUAGUACGAGGGAUAAGACUCCGGAUUGGCAUUCGAUUGCUAAAGCCUGCGGAACAACCCCUGGCGCAGCUUCCAAGCGCUACUCUCGCAUGAAGCAAGCUUUCGAGAAGGGCGAUGCUACUCCGUCUUCCACCACGCCCACUAAGUCCAAGGCCACCACCAACGGCGAUACAACUCCGACUACGACCACCAAGCGGAAGCGCGUCUCGGCCACUAAGAAAGCCUCCAAGGACGUGGGCAAGUACAAACCAGGCGAUGAGGAGCCGGACGAUGACGAGGACUUCACUCCCUCAAAGCCAAAGCGCGCUCGAGCCGGGACCGCGAAAGCGACUUCCACCUCCUUCAACCCCACCGAAGCGACCACCUUCAUCAAGUCGGAUCCGGGCAUGAACCCCAACCGAUCGGUUGAGGACGAGGAGAAGGCAGACGAGCAUUUCUACGACGCUGUCGAGGGCGUUGAGGAA